CCAGGCUGACUCAUCAGUAGAAACAGGGAAGAGCUGCAGAAGAAAAGCCAAACAGACAAGCUGAUAACUGAGAGAAAUACUCCUUUGAGUUGGGGCUUCAGAGUGGAGCCAUCAUGAGCGAUGUUACCAUUGUGAAGGAAGGCUGGGUUCAGAAGAGGGGAGAAUAUAUAAAAAAUUGGCGGCCAAGAUAUUUCCUGCUAAAGACAGAUGGCUCUUUCAUAGGCUAUAAGGAGAAGCCCCAGGAUGUGGAUCUGCCAUAUCCACUCAACAACUUUUCAGUGGCAAAAUGUCAGCUGAUGAAAACAGAGCGACCAAAGCCAAACACAUUCAUUAUCAGAUGUCUUCAAUGGACCACUGUCAUAGAGAGGACAUUCCACGUAGACACUCCAGAGGAACGGGAAGAAUGGACAGAAGCAAUCCAGGCUGUAGCUGACAGACUUCAGAGGCAAGAAGAGGAGAGGAUGAGCUGUAGUCCAACUUCACAGAUAGACAAUAUAGGAGAAGAAGAGAUGGAUGCUUCAACAACCCAUCAUAAAAGAAAGACAAUGAAUGAUUUUGACUAUUUAAAGCUACUGGGCAAAGGCACAUUUGGCAAAGUUAUCCUGGUCCGAGAGAAGGCUAGUGGGAAAUACUAUGCUAUGAAGAUUUUGAAAAAAGAAGUCAUCAUUGCAAAGGAUGAAGUGGCUCAUACACUUACAGAAAGCAGAGUAUUGAAAAACACCAGACACCCUUUUUUAACAUCCUUGAAAUAUUCCUUCCAGACAAAGGAUCGUUUGUGUUUUGUGAUGGAGUAUGUUAACGGAGGAGAGCUGUUUUUCCAUUUGUCGAGAGAGCGGGUGUUCUCAGAGGACCGCACACGCUUCUAUGGUGCAGAAAUUGUCUCUGCCCUGGACUAUCUGCAUUCUGGGAAGAUUGUGUACCGUGAUCUCAAGUUAGAAAAUCUAAUGUUGGAUAAAGAUGGACACAUAAAAAUUACCGAUUUUGGACUUUGCAAAGAAGGAAUCACAGACGCAGCAACUAUGAAAACAUUCUGUGGUACUCCAGAAUACCUGGCACCUGAGGUGUUGGAAGAUAAUGACUAUGGUCGUGCAGUGGACUGGUGGGGAUUAGGAGUUGUCAUGUAUGAAAUGAUGUGUGGAAGAUUACCAUUCUACAACCAAGAUCAUGAGAAACUGUUUGAACUGAUACUAAUGGAGGACAUAAAAUUUCCUCGAACUCUGUCUGCAGAUGCGAAAUCAUUACUAUCAGGCCUACUGAUAAAGGAUCCAAAUAAGAGGCUUGGUGGAGGCCCAGAUGAUGCAAAAGAAAUCAUGCGUCAUAGUUUCUUCGCUGGAGUAAACUGGCAAGAUGUAUAUGAUAAAAAGCUUGUACCUCCUUUUAAACCUCAAGUGACAUCUGAGACAGACACGAGGUAUUUUGAUGAAGAAUUUACAGCUCAGACUAUUACAAUAACGCCACCUGAAAAAUAUGACGAGGACGGAAUGGACUGCAUGGACAAUGAGAGGCGGCCGCAUUUCCCCCAGUUUUCCUACUCUGCAAGUGGACGAGAAUAACUUUUUUCUUCUGCUGCUUCACUGUCAUCUUAGGCUUAUCACUGAAAAUGAUUCCUGAACAUCACCACCAGUACUAGAUACUAUUUAAGAUAGCAGGGGCACUUUCGGAGACCAUUCCAAAUUGAACAAGUUUUUUUCCCAAACCUAUCUAAA